GGGGGGGAGGACACAGACAGCAAUGGCUACGGGGUGAUGGUGGUGGCUGUGUCUCGCUCUCUCCUCCUUUUUGCCCUUAUGUCGGCACCAUGAGUAAGGGCAUCCGCAACCUGGUGUCCAAGAGGAAAAGAAGGUUCAAGGAAGAUGGCUACGACCUCGAUCUCAGCUACAUCACAGAGCGGCUCAUUGCCAUGGGGUUCCCGGCCCAGAAGUUGGAGGGGGUGUACCGCAACCACAUCGACGACGUGUGCCGCUUCCUGGAGGAACGGCACAAGGACCACUACCGGAUAUACAACCUGUGUUCAGAGAGGAACCGUUCGUAUGACGUCUCGCGCUUCCACAACCGCGUCCACACCUUCCCCUUCGCCGACCACAACCCUCCACCCCUCAUAGACAUUCAGCCGUUGUGCAAUGACAUUGGCAAGUGGCUCUCGCAGGACCAGAAGAAUGUGGCCGUUGUGCACUGCAAAGCGGGCAAGGGUCGCACGGGAGUCAUGAUCUGCUGCUACCUCCUGCACAGCCACCACCACCGCCUGGCCCAGGAGGCGCUAGACUUCUAUGGGGACAAGAGAACCUUCGACAGGAAAGGAGUCACUAUCCCGAGCCAAAGACGGUACGUGGAAUACUACGCCAAACUAGUCAGCUCCAACUUUAACUAUAACCCUCCGUUCGUCCGCCUUCGUCAGGCUCGCAUGACGCCGCCCCUCUCCAGCGUCAACUCAGAGGUGUUCCUGGUGGUGAGCUCGCACACCAACAAGAAGGGCUACAACACGCAGGUGUGUGAGGUGAAGAAGGGGAAGGAGCUCCUGCACCUGCCCGUCAAGGAGGAGGUGGCCCGCCCCAUCUCAGGCGACAUCAAGAUUGAACUCAAGAGGACCAACUUUGUCAGGCGAACGGACAAGCUGUUCAGUGCCUGGCUCAACACACACUUCAUCUUCGAGGAGGGCAAGAAGGUGAGCAACGGGUUUGAGAUCACCGCCUCCGACCAGAGCAACCACAACACCUGCCAGCCCCACCAAAUAACCCGGCAAAGGAGUAACAGCUUCCGGUCAUCAAACAAGUCAGACGGACAAAGACACCGCCGCCAGGAGUCCAUGGAGGGGCGGGGUGCUCUCUCAGGACUGGGUGGGGGUGGCACGGAGCAUCACCCGCCCCGCGAGCCCCGCCGGAGAAACAGGGUUGCCGGGGAGAGCAAGAGUCUCCCCACGGGACACCUCACCUGUCUGGCUGCUCAGGAAGACUGGCCAGCCCUGCCCCCGACCCAGCCCACCAUGCCCCAGCACCUGGCCCACCCCCCCUCCCCCAGCGACUCCAGCCCUCCCCCGCCACACCUCCGGCACCACUCCAGGCAGGACAGUCGCCACCGUCGCCGCCACCAUACUCAUCAGCUGCCCAGCAGCGAUGGGGGCGGGAGAGCGGGUGACGCGUGGGAGGAGGGCCGGCCGGAGGAGCAGGAGGUGUUGGUGGUACUGAACAAGGACCAACUCGACAAAGCCAGCAAGGACACGCAUCAUAAACUACUGCCACAGGACUUCAAGAUUGAGCUGUGGUGGUUAGUGACGUACGUAAACAAAGGUGGUGGCGGCGGGGGCAGUAGUGGGAGCAGCAACAACGCGGUUGACUCGAGAGACAGCGGCUCCACGCCAAGCACCAUCACGCCGUCUGGGUCAUCCUCGGACACUGACGAUGAUGACGAGGAGGAGGACGAGGACGAGGACUGGGACUCAGGUAGUGGUGGGGACUGUGGUGUUGCAAAGAAAGUCUACCCUGUCACCCCACCACCACCAUCACCACCUCCGUCACCAUCACCACCCACCACCACCAUCACCACCACCAACAACAACGUAUUUGCUUCUCCUCUGAUUUUUUUCGGUCACUCAUUUACUAUUUUUUUUAACCAUUUCCCAUCUUUCAUCAGCAAUAUUUUCCCUGUAAAGGUUUAAAAAAGAAAAAAAAAAAGAAAAAAACAUAUAUAGCAUAAAUAUAUGAAUAUAUGAAUAUAUAUAUUAUACUAUACAUAGAUAUAUAAAUAAUAACAAAAAAUUACGACUAAUGUUUUAUGACAUCUUCUGGUUGGUUAGUUGUCGUGUUCUGUGACGUGUGUGUGUGUGUGUGUGUGUGUUUGAGGAGCUCCAUGCUUUUAUUUAUUUAUGUUUUGAUAUUUAAUUUCCCUCAAAUCUCCCUUCUUUGCUUUUGACAUCUUUCAUAUUACUUUGUUUUUGUCUUGUAUUUUUUUCUCAUCUUUCACCUUCAUUUUUUAAAUCUAAUCUUAUCUACUUAUGUAUUUUUAUUUAUAUAUUUGUGGUCGUGUUUUUUCCUGUCUUUCUCCUUCAUUCUUUAUACCAUUUAUAUCUUUAUCUGUUUUCAAUUAUUUAUUUAUUUAUUUAUUUUAUUGUUUUUGCCUCUGUCUUUGGCAUUUAAGGUUGACUGCUUCUUGAAAUGUGGGAGGAACAAAGAAGCCACAUCUACCUCUGCUUGGCUUGUGUGUGUGUGUGUGUGUGUGUGUGUGUGUGUGUGUGUGUGUGUGUUUGUCAUUUCACACACCAUUCUAGUUGGUGCUCAUUGCAGGAAAAGAACUGGAAAAUUGAGCUGGGGUCUGAAAAUGAAAUAUUGUCAGAACAGAAAGGGGCAACCAUUCCUCAUUUUGACAAGGUUUUUUUACACUGGAGCUCAACUUUGUAGAUUUGUUUCCUUCCUGGCUGUGAGCACCAAUUAGGUAAAUGUGGCAAAUUGGUGAAUAUGUGCUGUGCUCUUGUGCAUGCUUGGUUAUAUUAUUGCAACCCUUACCUUGACAAGCUCUUGAACAAUAGGCCUAAAAAUAAAUUGUUAUUAUUGUUAUUAUUUUUUUAUUUCUAUUAUUAUUAUUAUUAUUAUUAUUAUUAUUAUUAUUAUUAUUAUUAUUAUUAUUAUUAUUAUUAUUAUUAUUAUUAUUUUUAUACCAUUAUUGAUGUUGUCAUUAUUUAUUACUAUUUAUUGCUUAAGUUAUUUCAUUUUUCUAUGGUAUACAUGAAUGUGUACCGUUGAGAUCAUAAUUUGCACAAUAUAUGCAGGUACAUGUUAAUAUGCAGACAAUGUUUAAUUGAACAGCGACUGAUAUAUACCUCAGUUUUUUGUGGUAUGUAUACCUUCAUACAUAUAUACUCAUAACACACACACACACACACACACACACACACACACACACACACACACACCACUCCGGUGGCUCAAUCGGUAGAGCGCUGCGAGGCUCAACGGCCAAACAGGCGGCGGUUCAAGCCCCGCUCAGGCCGGAUUCGUUCUGUUGACUAGGAGGGGUUACUGUUCCCCCUUGAGCAACGGGGAUGGGGCGUGUGGUGUGUGAGGUCCUGGCAGUACUCAGAGAUCGAUGAUAAUGAGCACUUGCUCUCGUUGGGAGGGUACCUGCUGGCGAAAGCGAGUCCAACUCGUGAUCAGGCCGUGGUGGUGAAUUACACACACACACACACACACACACACACACACAUACAGGAGAGAAAAAACAUGGAUUAGCCAACUUAAACUGUACUUAAAGGAACAUGGUUGCACCUGGAAUGAAGGAAUAAUAAGGAGGUUGUAUGUUCAGUCACAUUGCAGUCUUGAUUCUUUUAUGUGAGAAAAGAUACGUCAUUACAGAGUUUCACUAAAUGGUUGUGUUUCAAGAAGGUUGAUUGUGUGAGAAAUGCCUGUUGUUGAAUUCAAUACAUGAGGAAUGACUAAGGAAGAAAUGCUGUGUGCUCAUGCAAUAGUCAACGUCUGAAGUUAUGAUAUGUUUCGUUUGAAAAAUAUCUGAUUCCUUAAAAAGAUAGUGAUAAUAGUAGCAGCUCUCAAGAAAAUUAAUAUCCUCAUCAAAGUUGCCACCCAAAAUUUAGCCCUAAAAAGGUGUUCAGAAAAUUUGAGUCUGACAGGUAUCUCAUAUAGCACUUGAUCACAAGAUACAGUUAGGUUAUUCUUUCUUUACCAUGGUUUACUGUGAAGGCUUUCAGUUUGCCUUACACAACAGUGGUCUACUAUCACAGACAUGGCCAACUAACUUGGAUGUAAGAACAUUUUGGUUAUUGGCACAAAUGUCAUGAAGCACUGAUCUUGAGUCAUGCAAAACUCAAAUACUCGUCGUUCAUUUGUCUCGGUUAAUUACUAGAUGCAGCGUUGAUCUGUAAUGCGCGAAAAUUACUCUCCUAACUUUGUCAUCAUUGUCUUGAUUUCCAUGAUCAAAUAAUCUUUAAAAAAGCAGGUUCAUUGAGGAAUGGGCGAGUAAUGAAGCUGGUAUAACAAGGGGUCUCAAGACAUACUUGUCUUGGUCAGUUAGAAGACAUAAUGUUGUUUUUUUGUGAAAAUGACUUUCCAAAUGUCAUUAUCAUCGUUGCCUUGAUACCCUUGAUUCCCUGUCCUCGUCAGGACUAAUUAACCAGCAACAUUUGUGUGAGUUUUGGUCGUUUGUCGAAUUGUCAGUCGGAGUUUUAGAGAUGGUUAGGUUAGGUUUGCCAUAUUCUGUGCACCAUCUCAAUCCGCACAUGACGGGAAAAGAAAAAAAAGAAAGAAAAUUUGAGCUGUGGAAGAAAAGUCAAGCUGUCAAAAUAAAGAAUGUUCAACAAUCUUUAUUUUGACAAAAGUUCACAUCAGCUCAAUUUUUCACAAUAUAUUCCCUGACGUGGGUGCUAAUUGGAAGGUGCAUCUGAAUCGGUGAGCCUGCCCCAACACCUCAUUUGUAUGUUUUUUGCUCCUGUUUUUUGGCUCCUUAAUAAUCAUCAUUACAGUCCCGGAAUGUUCAAUAUUAUAGAUGUAGCUGUUAGUUUCUUUAUUGUUAAUUGUCUAUAUUUGGGUGUGCCCUUUGCAGUGUGUGUGUGUGUGUGUGUGUGUGUGUGUGUGUGUGUGUGUGUGUGUGUAUGUGUGAUGUCGCCACCUCAAAUUGUUCCUGUUAGUUGGCUCAUAUUUUGCCAUGUACAUGAUGCAUGUCAUAGGGUAUGUUUGCCAAUUGGUGCACACCAUUCUGAUUAAUACUCAUUGGGAAUAAAAAAAAGAAAAGAAAUUAUGCCAAGGUGUGAAAAUGAACUGCACUGUUAAAUCACAGAUUGAUAAACAUUCAUUAGUUUGUCAGCACACUAAAGUCUCCUUUUAAUGAAUAUUCAGUGAACCUACUGUUACAAACAUAAAAACAUAUUUAAUUUUUUUUUCAAUGCAGUAAUAUUUUUCCUUCAAAACCUUUCAUGGUUUUAAGUAAAACAAUAUUAUUUCUUCAAACAAAUAACAACUCAUAUGUUUGGUAAAGUACCUUUACCUUUUGAUAUCUGCAGCUAUUAUGACUUGGUGUUCCCACCAAUUAGUUUGUGAAAUGGAAAGUACACUGUACUAAAAAGUUCUUUUGUCAUUAAUUCAUUCUAGUGUCAUUUUUUUCUGAUCCAAGUACUGAUUGGGAUGAUGUGCACAAAGUGGCAAUCACUUACUAAUUUAAACUAUCAAUGAAUGUUGUCCAAGUACAAAGGUUUGCACCAAUGUCACCCAGACUGGAGGAGGAGGGGAAGGGAGGGAGGGAAGGAAGGGAAGGGAAGGAGAGGGGGGGGAGGGGGAGGGAUAUUUACCACCACUCAUAUACUCACCACUUCACUCAUCACUUUAGAAAGGAGGAGGAGGAGGAGGAGGAGGAGAGACUCGUGUUUUCUCUCUUUGGGGUCUUCUGUAUGAUAUGUUUGCCAAUUUGUAAGUAUGCCCCAUUCCAUUUCGUACUCAUGAAAACUAAAAAAUAGUCUGGAAACUUUAGCUGAAGUAUGAAAAUUACCUAUCAUUAGAAUGCAGAUUGUUAAACAACAUUUUGACUUUAAUAUCUGUAGCUCUUAUUCAGUUUUUCCUCCCUAUAUGAUAAGAAAGAUGCUUACAAAUUUCUGAACAUACCCUUCUUGCCGUAUAUGCUCGUGUCGUUCUCCCCACAAAGUCAUUAUACACUCAGUUGAGGAAUAAAUUCAGCCCCCUAGGAAAGCAGUAGUACUUGUAGUAGUUGUCCCCCCAACCAUCAAAAAGUGAUAUCCUGAUACAAGCUGAUGCUCUAAACUUGUCCCUAAGAAAAUUGGCCCUCACUUGAGUAUAUACGGUAUUUGCAUCGGCUGUCAUCACCAGUUUGAACACACUAUUGCUAUCAGUACUCAUGUCAGGGGAAUAAUUACUCAAACUGAGGUAGACAGAAGAAAGGAAUGCAGGCACAAUUUGUAAUGGUGUGAACAAAUUGAUGACUACCCGCUGCCACCUAGUACUUUAUCAUCACUUAUAACUCGUGUAUGCGCGUGUGUGUCUGUAUUGUAAUUUACCUCGGGGGCAGUAAUAGUAGAGAUGUACAAAGUGACAUAAUAGGGCGAGUUAGCCAGUUUGUACGCAUGGUUCCAAUUAGUGCUGUUAUCAGGAAAAAAAUUAUUUCUUAGCCAAGGUUUAACAACUAAAUGAAGUUAACCCACUUUGUAAUGAACCUCAUUAACGGAAAUACACUGAAAUUCAUUGAACCACAUCAACCUACAGUGGAAGUAUACAAAUAUAUACAACCCCUUUUUCUUAUAUAUGGUUCCUUUCCCAUUAUUUAUAUUUGAUAAAAUGAUAUUCACUACUGGUGGUUUGAACCCCAGUGCUGCCACGUGACGUCAGGAAGGGCAUCCGUCUUAAGCCCCGAGUCACAGCCCCAGAACAGCGACCCAACAUGAACACAAGUUAAAGUGAAAUAAAAGUUAUAGCCAAGAAACUACUGCAAACAACAUUUCUUGCUUAUAUUUGAUACAUUUGAUACAUUUCCUUGUAUCUUUGGAUGAAAUGAACUUCCAUGUCCCCUCUGUCAGAUUGAUGAAUUGGUAUUUUUGUAUACUGUUAGAGUAAUGUUUAUCUUUCUUCACUUUGGCUGCAGUUAAUUUUUAUGCCUCAACACAAUUUUUUCAUUUUUUUCCUGAUAUGAAUAUUUUUUUGAAUGGUGCGUUUAAAUUGGCGAACAUACCUUACUUGUGUAGCCUCAAAAGAUUUGCUAAUUGUGAGUGAACUGGUGGUGGUGGUCGUGGUGGUGGUCGUGGUGGUGGUGGUGGUGGUGGUGACAGUAGUAGUAGUUCAACAUCCAACAUCUCACCAUAAAACAAACAAAACAGGUGAUUGUGGUGGUGAUGACAGUGCAACACCCAGCACCACACCACAACUCCACACACCACACCAUAACACAAAUGAAGUGGGUGGUUGUGGUAAUGACUGGUGGUGUGUGGUGGUGUGUAGGGAACCUGUCAUGUCAUCUCCACCAAGAAAUUAUUAAAAAAGGUGUUUAUGGUGGUACUGAUUAUGGUCGCAGUGGUGGUGGUGGUGGUGGCGGUGGUACUGGGAAGUGAUAUCACCCAGUAGAAAAUUGGCGGUGGUAUCGACGGUGAUGGUGGUGGUAGUGAUGUCACUGUCAGUGGAAAUGAAGCGGAAAGAAAAACUGGUGAAUGUGGUGUUGGUGGUGAUGAGGAGAACCUGAAACUGUAUCAAGAGAAAAGAAAUGCAGUGAAAUGUGGUGGUGGUGACGGUGGUGGUGGACAGAUUAAACAGUGAUGGUGGCAGUGGCAGUGACGGUAGGGGAACAUUAAAAAGUGAAAUCCCCCUUAUGGACUUAUAGUGUUGGUGAUGGUGAUGAUAUUGAGGGUGAGGGAGGAGUCUUUACAAGUGAUGGCACGCACUCAUCACCAUUCAUCACUCAUCAUGCACUUGGUGAGAAAGGAAAGGAAAGGUGAAGAGGGAAAAGGAAUGUCAGGAAAGGAAGGCAAGAGACAGGCACGGCCCCCACCCACCUGACCCACCUCAGCCCACCUUUCUCAGCUCACCCUGGCCUCCUCCCGUCGCCAAGUGCUCCCCAGCUCAAAUAGGGGACAGAUGGAAGGACAAAUAGAUGGGUAGGAUAGAAAACAGAUGGAUAGAUAUACAAACAGAUGUAUAGAUGGAUAAGGAAGGAGAGCACCAUGUGGGUUUAAAUAGUACAAGUGGGAAUAGUGUGUGUGUGUGUGUGUGUGUGUGUGUGUGUGUGUGUGUGUGUGUGUGUGUUUGAAUUCCUUGUCCUUGCAGUUUGCACAUAUACAUACAGACACGCACACACACAUACAUACACCUGUUUCUUAUGUAUUAGUUUAUUUGGUGUGCGUGUUUUUGCGCACAUGUGUGUAUUUUUGUCCGGUGCUGUUUUUUUCUGUUAUUUUUUGCACCACUUCAAACUCGGUGAACUUUUGAGAGAGAGAGAUAUAGAGAUUUUUUGUACAUGUUCAAAGUCGUACUAGAGUCAUGAUAUCGUGUUAGCAUUUAAAAACAAAAUUCUUGCCCACCACUGUAUGUGUGAGUAUUUGUGUGUGUGUGUGUGUGUAUGAUGAGCUCUAAAUGUUGAGAUGUUAUUUUUUACAGUAAGUCUCUGUUAAUCCAAAUUCCACUGGUCCUGACUUUUGAAUAGUCAAAAUUCCUAAAGGCAUAAAAUUAUCUAAAAAAAUUUAUAGCCCAAAUUCAUGAAGGCAUGAAAUUAUAAUACAAAAUAAGUACAGUUGUUCUGAAUCCUGAAUUACAGGAAAUUAUGAAGAUAAGCGAACAACCUGCGUUAACAUAGCAGGGCAAGUGUAGUGAGCUGAGCACGUUUUUACAAUUCCAUCAUUUUGUGUGGGUGCAUGUGUGGACACUGCUAGCACUCCUUAACUCGGGCUCAUAUGACUACGAUCCUGCAAAACAUUUGAUUCAAAAGUUCUUGAGCCAGGGACCUCGUCAGCCAGUGCCAAAGUAUUGAAAAAAUAUCAUUUAGAAUGAUAAUGUAUACAUAGUUCACCCAUCAGCAGAAGGUGGAAAAUAAUAGGUCAAACUAGCCAGGAUGAAAGUUGGGUCGAUGCUUUCAUGUGCUUGUACUACUUUACUUUAUUUUACUGAAAGAAUGACAUACUGCCUUGCAGUGGCAAAACUGUGUUGCAGUUCUGAAGGUGAGGGAACGGUGGCAGUAUAGCUAAAGAGGCAAUCUAUCAAGACUCAAAUCUCGGUCUAGUGUGAGCUCCACUUCUUUGCUCUAGCUUGAUAAUACUCUGAUCUCAUAGACACCUGGUGAUUCUGGCUGCCAUUUGACUGUUUAAAAGAAUCAUCAAUCCCAGCAGGCUUGGACCCACUGCUCUUUUGAUUAACAGAGUUUUACUGUAUGUGUUUAUAUUAAUUUUAGUCCCGUAUUGUGUGGAUGGGGUUUAAAUAUUUUCCUUACUUUGGUGUUUUGUUUACUCUUGUUCUCACCAUCACCAUUGGAGGGCUACCCACACCUCCUCUCCCCCUCUCUCUCCUAGCCACUGCCAUCACCAUCAUCAUCAUUAUCAUUCAAGGUAGUCAUUACUUAUUUUCUUCUCAUGUAUUUAUUUAUAUAUGUGUUUUGAAGUCAUCACAAUUUGUCACUCACUCAGACACUCACUCAUUCACUCACCUACUCAUGCACCCACUCAUGUAUUCACUCACUCACUCCUUCACUCAGGUACACUGCUGAGUGGAGCGAGGGAGGGAGGGGGCCGGGGGUGCUUAGGGCAGACAAGUGUGAGGUGUGGGGGGGGAGGGGGUAUAGGGAGCAGUAGUGGUGGUGGCGUUCUCCCCUCUCAGACAACCUACGAGGUACAAGAUAAUUUUAGGUGAUUUAGGGCGUGUCUGCCAGCUGGUGCGCACCUUUCCAGUUGUUGCUCAUGUCAGGGGUAAAAAUUUGCUAUGGAAAAUUGAGCCGAGGUGUGAUAAUUAGAUUGAAAUCAAAAUUAAAAUUGAUGAAUGUUUUUAUUUUGGUGAGUGUUCAUUGUUCUGCCUCAGCAAGUUCUCCAGAGUUCUCAUCAUGGCAGGGAAAAAUGGCUCGGGGAAAUUGAGUAGAGUGUCCGGAUAGUAGCAUUACAUUGUCAAAAUAAAGAAUGCUACACUUUUUUUUAUUUUGACAUUUAAUUUUUACACCUUAUCUCAGGUUUCCAGAGUCAGUCCUGUGUAGCAUAUACUCUCCUAGGGUAUGAUAUGUUUGAUUAAAAGAUUAAGUCAAUCCCUCAGAAAAUUUAUAUUCAUGUAAAAGAUCAGUAAACUUUUAUCUUGAAAUAAUCGUUCAAAGAAUUUGACUUUUUUUCCGACUGUACACGUUAGUUGUCUUACUGAUGUGAGCAGCGAUUGUACUGGUGCGUACCAGGCGGCAGACUCACCCCAUUACUGAUGUGAAGUUUUAGGGUGGAAGUAUCAAUGUGUGUUCACAAAGUAUAAGUGAUUCUUUUUUAUAUACAUAUGGAUAUAUAUAUUAUAUUUAACACCUAAGGAUGAUGUUUCAUGUUAAAUACUAUUUUUUCUUUUCCUUUUAUCCUUGAGACAUUUCUGCUUUGCCUGAAAAAAAAAUAUAUUGUAUUUGGAGGAGGAAAAUAUGGAUAUACAUAGACAUGGAUAUGUUCUGUACAUGCUCAGGUAAAAGUCAAUCUCUUGUAAUGGUCAACUCGUCAGUGGUGUGACACGUUCAGCUGAGGAAUGAAUUUAUGUCUCCUACCAUAGUAGUAGUAGUAGUAAUGGUAGUAGUAAAAGUAGUAGCUAAUAUCCUCCAGAAAAUGGUAUCCAUGAAAAGUCGAUUCUUUCCACACGUCCUAAAAAAUAUCGUAACAAAAAUAAUUCCUUUUACUUGAGUAUACUCAGCACGUGUGUGUUUGUGUGUGUGUGUCUUUACCUCAACAUUUUGUAACGGCUCCAGUAUUGAUGUUACUUAUUUGUCCUGAGUUUUGAAUUGUUCAUCUCUUAUUCUUCCCUUCCCUCCUGUUUUCCUUCCUUCCUUCUUCCUCCCCCUCACCUCCAUGAUGCAUCCUCACUCAUCAAACUUCACCUCACCUCACCUCUUCUCCUCUCUAGGCUGUGUUCACCAAUUUAUACGCACCAUUCCAGUUAGUACUCGUAUCAGGGGUGGGUCACAAUAAAAGUAAUCCAAAAUGCCAUACAGCAAAUCUGUUGGUCUGGAAAUUUCAAUCCCCAUUAACAGUGAAUUCUUGAAGGCAGAAAAUUAAAAAAAAAAAAAAAAAAAAAAAAAUAAAUAAAAAAAAAAAAAAAAAAUGAAAUCAUCCCAAAAUGUGAUGUCAUUUCCUCCACUCAGAGAAAAAAUGAUGUCAUUCCCUCCACUCAGAGAAAAGAUGAUUAACCUGGUAGCAGCGGGGAUCAUGUUUCUUAAUGGUCCCUCUAAGCGAGAAAAAUGAGAAAAAAUCAUUACUCACACAAACCAUUUCAUAAUAUAUAUCAAAGCAUUUGUGAUCAGUUUAUGAAUCAUCUAUUUUGGGGGGUUUAUAUCAUGGCACAAAUUUGGCCCAUCACUGCUACACGGUAAAGCCACAAAUUUGGCCCGUCACUGCUACAUGGUAAAGCCACAAAUUUGGCCCAUCACUGCUACAUGGUAAAGCCACAAAUUUGGCCCAUCACUGCUACAUGGUAAAGCCACAAAUUUGGCCCAUCACUGCUACACGGUAAAGCCACAAAUUUGGCCCAUCACUGCUACACGGUAAAGCCACAAAUUUGGCCCGUCACUGCUACAUGGGUUAAAGGAAAAAAUGAAAAAUUGCCACUGAGAAAUUUGAAUAGCAACAUUUAUUUUCUUUUUAUGGUUUUCUUUUGAGUGCUACAACAUGUAUCCUCCUCCUCCUCCUCCUCCUCCUCCUCCUCCCCCUCCCCCUCCCCUCCUCCUCCUCCUCCUUCCCCCCUCCUCCUCCCCCCUCCUCCUCCUCAUCCUCUCCCCCCCCCUCCUCCUCCUCAUCCUCUCCCCCCCCCCUCCUCCUCCCCCCCUCCUCUCACAUCUCAUUCCAUUUCUUCCUCCUCCUCCUCCUCCUCCUCCUCCUCAUGUUCUGUUCCUCUCCUCCUCCUCGUUUUUCCUUAGUCUCCAUCCUGAGCACAAACAUUUGGAGUAUUUUCCCCUGACGAGCACAAACUUGAGUGGUGUGUACGAGUUGAUAAACACAACUAAUUCUACCUCAUCCACUCCUCCUCAUUGUCAUCAUUCAUGCCUCAUCUACCACCCUCACAACACCACCUCAUGCUGUUCUGUUCCUGGCUCACUCAUCUCACCAUCACCACUUCCCCCAUCCCCUCCCAGUGUGUGUGCAUCUGUGUGUGUGUGUGUGUGUGUGUGUGUGUGUUCAUCCACUGAGUAGUUUAUGAAUAAGGGCACAAUCAUUCUCUCUCUCUCUCUCUCUCUCUCUCUCUCUCUCUCUCUCUCUCUCUCUCUCUCUCUCUCUCUCUCUCUCUCUCUCUCUCUCUCUCUC